AUGGCACCCGAACGACGAAAAAGGGACGCGACCAUCUCGAAAAAACAUUUCUCUGACUCUCUGUUCACGAAAGAUCUGGAAGGGGAAAGAGGGCGCCAGACGCCCAACCCAAUGGAAACGGAGGGCGGGGCCGCGACCAGGGUCGGGGUUUAAAAGCCAGCUCGUUGUGGUGUCCGACAAGAGAAAAAACGGUGCUCAGUCCGGGCGACGGCCAUAAUCGGCAGUCAGCCCUGGCUGGUCCGGAAUCCGGUCAGCGCGGUGUCAGAGUAGUCUAGUAUUUGUUAACCAAUGGCUCUAAUUAAUAUUUGGUCGACGUUCGGACUUGCUGUAUUCUUCGUCCUACGUGCUUAUCAAGGACGCACGAAUUAUUAUCAUCUUUUUUAGUGUAAAACACGUCGACUGCGAGGUAAGUACUGUUUGUUCUUGAAGUCUAGAUGCGAAAAACAAAUAAACAACAUCUUUGGGGAAAUAGACUUUUUCUUCUCCCUUUUUUCAACUUUUUUCUUCCACGUAUCCUGAUUACAACGAUUCCUUUUUCAGAAAUCCGACAACUGAAGAAGGUGGAUGCACAUUUGACUUCCGGCUGCCCUCCGGGGAAAGUGCCAAUGGAAUGA